CAACAAGGAAGAAGCCGUUUGCACCGAAGAACAUACAACGUUUAUAAUCAGUGGUUAUUAUGUUUACGUUCUUUAUUCUUCUUUGAAGUUUUCCUUGUCUUGAAUGCAGUAUUACGUGUUAAUAGAUAAUUGGGUUGUUAUUAAAUGUUUGAAACCUGACUAGAUACUUUUAUCUGGCAACAAUUCCCGCAGAAGCCACAACAAUGAGCGCGUUUAGAAAAAGAGGAAGCAUUCUUGUUGUCCUUUAUUACGUCGGGAGUUUUCACGUCCUUUUCGGAUACAAUGUAUCCAGAGAAGAGCAGCACGAUCUCAGCUUGAACAGGAAAUGGACCAUACAGAACUCAAAUGGGUCUCUGUCGCUUCCUGCAGAGGUACCGGGGUGUGUACACUCUGCUCUCCUGAAACAGGGCUUUAUCGAGGAUCUCUACUUCAGGUUCAAUGAUGUAGCAUACAGGUGGAUCGCUCUUGACAACUGGACAUACACGACUACAUUUUCUGCCUCAACAGAGCUAAGGGCUAAACAAAGAGUCCAGCUGGUGUUUGAAGGAGUGGACACUGUAGCGUUCAUCUCUCUGAAUGGAGUUGUUGUGGGAAAGACAGACAACAUGUUCCGCAGAUAUGACUUCAGCGUAGGCCAGUUGUUGAGGGAAGGGGAGAACGUUGUGAAGGUGAGCCUCCUCUCCCCUGUCGUGUACGCCUCAGAGAGGAGUCAGGCUCACUCCUCCUACAGCGUGCCCCCUGACUGUCCUCCACCCGUCCAGAAGGGAGAAUGUCACGUCAACUUUAUCAGAAAGGCUCAGAGUUCCUUCAGCUGGGACUGGGGACCGUCAUUCCCAACCCUGGGGCUGUGGAAGGGUGUUCAUCUGGAGGCCUUUGAUGUGCUGCGCCUAAUCCAUCUCUCUACUGUACCAGUCUAUAACUCCUCUCUGUCUCAGUGGGUGGUAACGGUGGAAGUGUUGGUUGAUGCUGUGGAGGAGACUAAAGUCCAGGUCAACCUCUCUCUGAUGGAGCUGUGUACAGAGCAAACCUUCAUGGUGGUGUUUCCAUCUGGGCAGAGCAAGAACACCUUGAGCCUCCAUGUCAACACAGUUAGUAUACUGGGUGGGAAGAGUAACCAGGUGAAGCUGUGGUGGCCCAGUGGCCAUGGUGAGCAGCACUCCUAUCAUCUCAGUGUGAGAGGAACCAUGCUGGAGGGAACAGCCAUACUCAGGACAGACACACAGGUGUAUCCCAGUUUCUACUUCCGGGUCAACAAAAAGCCCAUCUUCCUGAAGGGGUCAAACUGGAUCCCAGCUCACGCCCUUCAGGACCUGGUCAGCCCUGCUGAUGUGAGGAACCUUCUACAGUCAUCCGUAAGCGCUAAUAUGAACGCUCUCAGGGUCUGGGGGGGAGGAGUCUAUGAGCAGGACCUGUUCUACUCUCUCUGUGAUGAGAUGGGGAUCAUGAUCUGGCAGGACUUCAUGUUUGCCUGUGCCAUGUACCCCACUGAGCCUGACUUCAUAGAGACGGUUAGAGAGGAGGUUGGCCAACAGGUGAGACGCUUAAAGUCCCACCCCUCGGUCAUCGUGUGGAGUGGGAACAACGAGAAUGAGGCGGCCCUGGCCACUAAUUGGUUCGGCAUCCCCGUUGCCCAGCAACCCCGGUACCAUAGAGACUAUGUGACUCUGUAUGUGGACAACAUCAGGGCUAUUGUUCAGAAGGAAGACGGUAGCCGCCCGUUCCUAGUCUCCAGUCCCACUAACGGAGUAGAGUCUCAGCAGGAGGGCUGGGUGGCCCACGACCCCUACGACCUACACUAUGGAGACACACACUACUAUAGCUACAGCCAUGACUGCUGGGACUGGACGGCCCUGCCACGCACACGCUUCGCCUCCGAGUACGGCUUCCAGUCCUGGCCCUCCUUCUCCACCUUGCAGAAGGUGUCUGUGUCAGAAGACUGGAGUUAUGGGAGUAACUUCUCGUCUCACCGUCAGCACCACCAGACUGGCAACCAGCAGAUGCUGCAACAGGCGGGACUACACUACCAUCUCCCAGCCUCAGCAGAUGCACUGAAGAGAUACAGGGACACACUGUACAUCACACAGGUCAUGCAGGCCCAGUGUGUUAAGGUCCAGACAGAGUUCUACCGCCGCAGCCAGAGUGAGGUCAUCGAGGGCAAAGGUCACACCAUGGGAGCUCUCUACUGGCAACUCAAUGAUAUCUGGCAGGGGCCUUCAUGGUCCUCUAUAGAGUUUGGUGGGAAGUGGAAGAUGCUCCAUUACUUUGCCAAAGACUUCUUCUCCCCUGUGCUUCCGGUGGGCUUUGAGGACCAGGGUAGUCUGCUGGUCUAUGCUGUGUCUGACCUGAGCCACGACCUUCACCUCAGGACUGUGGUUUCAGUCUAUGAGUGGAGCAGUCUGGAUCCUGUGUGCACUGUGGCUUCCGGAUUGGUGCUUGUGGAAGGAGGAAGUGCUGAGGUCAUCCACAAACAGCCAAUCACAGCCCUGCUGGCGGGGUGUGGGCGCGGGAGAUGUACCCGCCUCACCUGUCUCCUGACCUUUCACCUUGAGGACGUCAACAGCCAGCAAGGUCCCAUUAACCACCUCUUCCUCAGCUCACCCAAAAAUGCCCAGCGGAUGCUGAGACCCAACAUCACAGCUGAGGUGCAGCAGGACGAGAUGGGAGGAUACACCGUGACCCUGCAGUCCUCUGCCGUAGCAGCUUUCGUAUGGCUGGAUGUGGGGGACGUCCCAGGACGAUUCGGCACCAACGGAUUCCUCAUGGUCACCAGGAACAGAACAGUCACCUUUAACCCCUGGGGUCCCACCAGUACCCAGCAGCUAGCCCAGGCACUGACUGUUACGUCAUUGAGAGAUGUGUACUGACUAUCUUGCGUAUCAAAUGGCAUCCUAUACCCUACAUAGUGCACAACUUUAGACCAGAGCUCUAUAGGGUGCCAUUUUGGACAUACUUACUGAACCAGUACCCAGGAGUUAACCCAAAACCCUCUCCCUAACCUCUCUGAGAUGAGUACUGUGACCUUCUCCCUUACCUCUCUCUGAGAUCAGUAUACAUCCUGAAGUCAGGCUAAUUACUCAGGAUACCCCCAGACAUCAGGCUAAUUACUGAGGAUACCUCCAGAAGUCAGGCUAAUUACUGAGGAUACCACCAGAAGUCAGGCUAAUUACUGAGGAUGCCUCCAGAAGUCAGGCUAAUUACUGAGGAUGCCUCCAGAAGUCAGGCUAAUUACUGAGGAUACCCCCAGACAUCAGGCUAAUUACUGAAGAUACCUCCAGAAGUUAGGCUAAUUACUGAGGAUACCACCAGAAGUCAGGCUAAUUACUGAGGAUACCACCAGAAGUCAGGCUAAUUACUGAGGAUACCUCCAGAAUUCAGGCUAAUUACUGAGGAUGCCUCCAGAAGUCAGGCUAAUUACUGAGGACAACACCAGAAGUCAGGCUAAUUACUGAGGAUACCAACUAACUACAUGGGAGUAACGGGAGUACCUCCAGAAGUCAGGCUAAUUACUGAGGAUACCACCAGAAGUCAGGCUAAUUACUGAGGAUACCUCCAGAAUUCAGGCUAAUUACUGAGGAUGCCUCCAGAAGUCAGGCUAAUUACUGAGGAUACCAACUAACUACAUGGGAGUAACGGGAGUACCUCCAGAAGUCAGGCUAAUUACUGAGGAUACCACCAGAAGUCAGGCUAAUUACUGAGGAUACCUCCAGAAUUCAGCCUAAUUACUGAGGAUGCCUCCAGAAGUCAGGCUAAUUACUGAGGACAACACCAGAAGUCAGGCUAAUUACUGAGGAUACCACCUAACUACAUGGGAGAUGUGUACUGAGACCUUCUCUCUGAGAUGAGUACUGAGACCUUCUCUCUGAGAUGAGUACUGAGACCUUCUCUCAGAGAUGUGUACUGAGACCCUCUCCCUAACGUACCUCAGAGAUGAGUACUGAGACCCUCUCCCUAACGUACCUCAGAGAUGUGUACUGAGACAUGAGAAACCCCAAAACUCUCUGUCAGUUGGAUUCGACAAUGUUGUGUGUGGGAUUUGUUGUAAAUAAGAUACAAGUGAAGGAAUUUGCAUUAAUAAAGUAAAUGGAGAUA